AUGCUCAGACCCGACAUCGACGAUGACGUCUCGAAGGUAUCCGAUUCGAAGAUGGACGAUCAGGUGGAUGACAAAUUGCCGAUUUUGCCGCCGAUAAUUCUGUUGGACUUUGGCAACGGUACGGACGACGAAAAUGUCACUUCCGAGGAAAAGUCGAAGCGUACGGUGAACAACGGCCUCGGUUAUGGUCUGGACAAGAACGCCGUGCAAAUGAGGAAAUAUAAUUACUACUUCCCGGCGGGAAAGACGGGAACAACGGUCAGCAUAGAAGAAUCCAUCAGCCCAUUUUUGCCAAAAACGAUAAUCGAGAGGGUACUGCCUGCCAAUUCAAAGCGACAGUUCGAUAUACGAGAAAACCCUUUCGCCAUGUCGUUCUCUGACAUUAAUCUGCAAAGUCAGACUCAAACGGAUCUUCGAUAUUCGAACGUUGCUCAGUCAACGAAACCCCAGUCCGUGUUCGGGUUACGGACGAAGCCGCAAAAAGCCGCUGCAAGUUCCGAAUCGUAUCAAAACUUCUUUACCACAUCGAGAACGCCAGUCAGUUCGUUCGUCAUUCAAAAUUCGGGAUAUAGGAACAACGAUGUCUCAACUACGAUGCAAUCACCUUUGGCUGCUAGCGUCACAGAGACAGUCACAUAUGUAACUCCUAGUCCGGAGAACUUUGCGAAUUCACAGAGGAGUUCGUUAAACUAUGUUACGGCAGAGCCAUUCCAGUACAAUCGAAACUCGCAGACUUAUACAGGCCAGAGGCAGAAUAUUCAAUCCAAUAUCAAUUCCCAUGGUUUCGGAUCCGUCUCUCACAGCGUCGAGUCCUCUACGCUCAGUCCACUAAACUACAAUUCUAAUUUUCCAACCGCUGGCUCGUCGUUCUCCAAUGGUCCAAAGUACACUUUGGAAGAUGGAAUCCGUUACGAGAAGAAAGUUUUUUGGAAGUAUCCGGACGGUAGAGUAUCCGACAUGCCACCUCGAACUUUUGAAACUUAUUCCGAAUAUCCGCAAUCCUUGACGCAGCAGCCCACCAAAUCCCAGGCUGCUCAUUCGAUCUAUGAGAGCAGCUCUACGGAAAAUAGUAUUCUUUCGCAAGGGCCGGUGCAAUUUCCCAUAGUUCCCGAUCCGACCGGACGAGAGCCAAACCCAUUCGUUUCCGCCGAAUCCUUGUCGUCGAGUUUACCCCAGCAACAAGUGUACCGGCUCGGUUAUCAGAAUUUAGUGACCCAGCGACAAAAUGUAAACCUGGCGCAACAACGAAAACCCAGCGGUAAUGUGGCACCGCCUUACUCUUUCUCGUCUUCGCUCUCAUCCGGGAAAACGAGACCUAGCCCGAGCGGUUCCAAGAUCAACUCGCGAUAUCAGCGACCACCGUCCAGGUACAUGACGAACAGCGCGAAUCCGGAAUACACGUCCACCUACUCGCCGGAAUCGGUCCUAAAUGUCACCACGUCUGGCGACGCCAUCUUCGGUUCCUCCACCGAACCAAAGAAGCACGGCUUCAACAACAACGACCUAAACAGCUACUCCGAUCUUCGAUAUUCGGAUCUACUGAGUUACAACCCGUCCAUCUCCGAGUACAUCCGAAAUCCUUCGUCCAUUCUCAACGUUCGUCCGACGUUCGUGCAAGCCGGGAACUCUUUGAUACCGGUGAUUAUACUCAGAGUGGACGGCGCCUCGCCUAUUCAAACCAAAGCCACGCAGAACAUUAAUUUAAAAGCUCUGCUGCAACAGUACCUGGUGCAGUACGCGAAGAGCAUUCAAGAAUUGGCUCAACCGUCCACGUACGUCCUCGGAACGGAAAGCUUCUCGAAGCGUCCGGCCUUCGAACCCAACAAGAGUCCUGUUCUGGAUUUGAUUCGACUGACGCAGGAUGACGCACGAGAGACACCAAGCUACGAUUCAAAUUCGUACAUAGGCAAAUCGAGUUACGAAGCGAGCGGCUUGGACAAUUCGAAAGACUUCGUUAGCGGCCAGUACGCGGAACGUCCGAGCGGCCGGCAGAAAACGAAAAGCGUUCAGAUCAUAGAGGAUCCGAGAUUCCCCGCGUACAAGGCUAAGAAUUAA